GGACCCCCUCGGGGGCGGGUGCGGGGCUGCGGUCCCGCGGCGGGCGGUUCCCCGGCCCCGCUCCGCGUGCGGGACGCGCCCCCCCGAGGCGCCGCCGGCAUCCCCUGCUCCCUCCCCUCCGCCUUACCCCCGGCUCCUUCCCCAUUGCUCCGCCGGCAGAAACCAGACACCCGGGAGGAGGCUGCCCCGGCCAUGCGGCGGCUGGGCUGAGGCUCGGCUCUCCCCGCCCGCACCAUGCCACGCGACCCGCCGCGCCGGGCGCAGCGCGUCUCCUUCUGGAUCCUCGUCCUGCUGCUCCCAGCGCCCUCCCCGGCCGGCGGCUCGCUUUUCCGCGAUGGGAAGCAAGAGCAAUUUAUCAAGACAUUGUCAGAAUACCACGUGGUCGAUCCAGCAAGAGUAGAUGCAAGCGGGCGUUUUCUUUCUUUUAAUUUACACCAUCACACCUCAGACACGCGGAAGAAGAGACAUCUCAGCAAAAAGGAAAGUGCGGUAUAUUACAAAAUUAACCAUGAGGAGAAUCAUCUGUUUUUCAACUUGACUGUCCACACUGGAUUUCUUUCCCAUAACUACGUGGUAGAGAGGAGACAUGGCAACCACACCAGAGCAAAGAUUUCAGCUGGCUCCGGAGGUUCUUGCCACUUCAUUGGUACAGUGUUGCAGCCAGGCUCCGGCAGCGGGACAGCAGCCAUCAGCACUUGCAAUGGCCUGACUGGAUAUUUCCAUCUGCCUCAUGGGGAUUACUUCAUUGAGCCCAUUAAAAAGCAUUCACAGAAGGAGGGAACACCUCAUCCCCAUAUUAUCUAUGGGGCAAAUAUCCUCCAAAAUGCUUUAAGGAGAAGACGGGCGAUCCCAACGGAAAAAGAACAAGAAUGUGGAUUGAAUGAUACCCUCAGCUUCUUCAAACAACAGCAGCAUCGGAGGCAGAGGUGGGAACAAAAUCGUAUGGCUGUCAGAAAGGUUUCUCGGCGCUCUGUCAGCAAAGAACGAUGGGUGGAGACGCUUGUGGUUGCAGACAGUAAGAUGGUUGAGCAUCAUGGAAGUGAUCAUGUGGAAUCAUAUAUCCUCACUAUAAUGAAUAUGGUCACAGGGUUGUUCCAUGAUCCAAGCAUUGGCAAUGCAAUUCACAUUGUGCUGGUCCGGCUUAUUCUCUUUGAGGAGGAGGAGCAAGGCUUGAAGAUAGUUCAUCACGCUGAUAAGACACUAGCCAGCUUCUGCAAAUGGCAGAAGAGUGUCAAUCCCAAGAAUGACAUCAACCCUACACACCAUGAUGUAGCUGUCCUUCUAACCAGAAAGGACAUUUGUGCUGGCAUGAAUCGUCCAUGUGAAACGUUAGGUUUGUCUCAUCUGUCAGGCAUGUGUCAACCUCACAGAAGUUGUAACAUUAAUGAAGAUUCUGGCCUUCCAUUGGCUUUCACCAUUGCUCAUGAACUUGGACACAGUUUUGGGAUCCAGCACGACGGAAAAGAGAAUGACUGUGAGCCUGUUGGAAAGCGACCAUAUAUUAUGUCGCGACAGUUGCAGUAUGAUCCUACUCCACUCACCUGGUCACAAUGCAGCAAAGAAUACAUCACACGUUUCCUAGACCGUGGGUGGGGAUUCUGUCUGGAUGAUGUCCCCCAAAAAGAAGUUUUGAAGUCCCCAAUCAUUGCUCCUGGCGUGAUUUAUGACGUACAUCACCAGUGUCAGCUUCAGUAUGGUUCCAAUGCUACUUUCUGUGAAGAUGUGGAUAACCUCUGCCAAACACUGUGGUGCUCAGUGAAAGGCUCAUGCCGCUCCAAACUGGAUGCAGCUGCAGAUGGAACUCGGUGUGGAGAAAACAAGUGGUGCUUCUCUGGUGAGUGCAUUACAGUAGGCAAGACUCCUGAAGCAAUCCAUGGUGGAUGGGGCGUUUGGUCAUCCUGGUCCCAUUGCACAAGGACAUGUGGGGCAGGAGUUCAGAGCGCAGAGAGACCGUGCGAUAACCCAGAACCACAGUUUGGAGGAGACUACUGCACUGGAGAAAGGAAACGCUAUCGCAUGUGUAACAUUAGCCCCUGUCGCAAAGGUUUGCCAACGUUUCGUCAGAUGCAGUGCAGUGAAUUUGAUACAGUUCCUUACCAGAAUGAAUUCUACCACUGGGUUCCUGUUUAUAACACGGCAAACCCCUGUGAGCUCCACUGCCGCCCAAUAGAUGGACAUUUUUCAGAGAAGAUGCUUGAUGCUGUCACUGAUGGUACUCCUUGCUUUGAAGGAAGGCACAGCCGAGAUAUCUGUAUUAAUGGCAUGUGUAAGGCUGUUGGCUGUGAUUAUGAGAUAAAUUCCAAUGCGACUGAAGACCAGUGUGGAGUUUGCCUGGGAGAUGGCUCUGCUUGUCAUACAGUGAAGAUGAUGUUUAAUCAAAGUGAAGGAUUUGGGUAUGUUGAUAUAGGGCUAAUUCCAAAAGGUGCAAGAGGAAUCAAAGUCAUGGAAGUUGCAGAAGCAGGAAAUUUCCUUGCUUUGCGAAGUAAAGACCCAGAAAAAUAUUACCUGAAUGGAGGCUUUAUCAUCCAAUGGAAUGGUGAAUACAAAGUGGCAGGAACAAUAUUUCAGUAUGACAGAACAGGGGAUCUAGAAAAUCUGACUGCUCCAGGACCCACCAAUGAAUCAAUAUGGAUUCAGCUACUUUUUCAAGAAACUAACCCUGGAAUCAAGUAUGAAUAUACUGUACGUAAAGAAGAAAGUCAUGAGAAUGAGAUUGGAGAGCCAGAGUAUUUCUGGCGGUAUGGAGACUGGACAGCCUGCAGCGUUACUUGUGGAAGAGGAGUGCGGCGCCAGAUUGCCCACUGCAUGCAGAAGGGAAGCAGAGCCAUCAAAAACUCCUUCUGUGACCCAGCAACACAGCCCAAUGGACGACAAAAGAAAUGCUAUGAGAAGGACUGUCCACCCAGAUGGUGGGCAGGAGAAUGGCAGAAAUGUUCAACCACAUGUGGCCCAACAGGCUUGAAGAAGCGAACUGUUCUUUGCAUCCAGACAGUGGGAUCUGAUGAGCAGGCGCUGGCUGUCACAGAAUGCCAGCACCUGCUUAAACCAAAGACUCAUCUGUCAUGCAACAGAGAUGUCUUGUGCCCAUCUGACUGGACAGUGAGCAACUGGACUGAGUGCACAGUUACUUGUGGGGGUGGAAUACGGACACGUAAUGUCACUUGUGCCAAAAAUAAAGAUGAGCCAUGUGAUAUUUCCAAAAGACCAAAUUCUAAGGCACUGUGUGGUCUCCAGCAAUGUCCUUCUGCUGGAAGAUUUCUGAUACCCCCACUGGCACCUAGAAGAGGGAAGAUCAUAAUCAGAAAAACAACUGCUAAUCCCAAAUGGAAUCCUCCUCACAGAAUACCUGUACCGAGCCCAAAGUCCCAUACAACAACAAAAAUACCUGAGCCUGAAAGUGUAACUCCUUGUUUGCCUACAUCCUCUGUUUUGAGUAAUGGGUCGGAAAAAGAAGGAACACUCAACAAAACAAUCCAAAAUAAUUUUUCUGGAUUAAGUGAUGUAUACAAGUACCCUGUUGCUUCUACUGAAAACAAUUCACACCAAAAUGCUACUUCAUGGCCUUUUCUUGAUAGCUUAAGUACUGAAAUUAUAAGGCGUGCUGAAAAUAUUUCUAGAAGUGAGCUGUUUUCUACUGUAGAGAGUGAAGUGCGAAGAAGUGAGGACACUACUGUCUCCUUUUUUACCAGAAGUCCAGAAAUAACUUCCAGCUAUGAUUACUUAACUGAAGAAUCUGAUGACAUUGAUGGGUCGGUUGAAGGCAGUGAAAAACCAAUGGAUCUUCUCUACAGCACAGAACACAAUCCUGAAGUCAGAGCCAGGAGCACAACCCUAGCUACUGGCUCUGCUGUCCUUCAAAAUGAGAAAGUGACUUCUCAGCCCCACGCAGCAUCUCAUCACCUAGACCCUUCUACACUCCUUCCUGUUAGCAGAGCAGCACAAAUGUUGGCAUUUCCCACAACAGCAAACCGUAUCAGUCUGCAAGUUGAUGUACCUGCUGUAGAAGUAACUACCCCGCAAGCAUUGACUAUGGUAAUGCCCACAGCGUUUGGUCAUGUACCAAGAGAUCAGACUGACAACGGAAGAGAAAUUAAGCUACCUGACACCAUAACCACCAACACGCAAUCAUCAGUUCUCAAGCACUCUGUCAGGAACCGAAGUGCAACAUCUGAGGGUGUUUUAACGAACGUCACAGAAAUCAGCCACCUACGAACAAACAACAGUUUGCCUGGUGACGCCUACUGGAUAGUAGGUAACUGGAGUGAGUGUUCUACCACCUGUGGAUUGGGGUCUUUCUGGAGACACGUGGAGUGCAGCAGUGGGAAUACAUCUCACUGUCAGCACACAAAAAAGCCUGAUCCUGCAAGAAAAUGUUAUCUCCGCCCAUGCGCUAGCUGGAAAACAGGAAAUUGGAGCAAGUGCUCUUCUAACUGCAGUGGAGGUUUCAAGACCCGAGAUGUUCACUGCAUUGAUGUUCGUGAAAAGCGACUUCUCAGGCCUUUUCAUUGCCAAUUACUUGGAUAUAAACCACAACUCAACACUAGUUGUAACAUGGAACCUUGCUUGCAGUGGCAUGUUGAGCCCUGGAAUGAGUGUUCGAGAACAUGUGGUGGUGGCCUGCAAAAGCAGCAUAUCUACUGCCCAAAAGAAGGCUACUGUGACUGGACCAAAAAACCUAAUGCAACCGCAUCAUGUAACAGGCAACCCUGUACCCAGUGGAUUAACCAGGCAUGGGGCCCGUGUACCACUUCUUGUGGAGGGGGCAUUCAGCAAAGAACUGUGAAGUGCAUGAAUAUAGGAACUAAUGAAGCUGAGGAUGACAGUAUGUGUGUGGAUAAACCCAAGCCUGCAGAGUAUCAGAAAUGCAAUCUUCAAGAGUGCAGGAGAAGUACAGGGGCAACCUGCAGCAAAGACCAACUGUCUGUUCACUUCUGCCAGAGGCUGAAAGGCAUUGGCAAGUGCUUGCUGCCAUCAAUACAGACUCAGUGCUGCUUCACAUGUAGUCAGCCCCGAAUUCAUAACAAAGCAAGAUAUUGGGAUCAGCGAGGCUUCAAGCAACAAAAUUACACUAAAUCAAGAAGAAAAUCACCUUGAAACCAAGAAAACAACAACCAAGCUGCUCAGCACUAGCUGGUUUUUGUCUAGUUGCUUUGAAUAGGGCUUCUGUUUACAGGUUUUACGUUCCUUCCUUAUGUACAUUCUUUUUUCUGAACCAUCCAACAUAAAUGGAAAUCUGUCAUCAAAACUGGGAAAACACAUCCCUCAGGGUUAUCAGUCCUAAUUUACUGCUUCAAUUUUUGUUUCUGUAAUAGCCCCAAAUUUGUAACAUAAUUUGCAAUGUACCAGCAGCUAGUACUUCUUAGCCAUGCAUAGAGGCUAGAAAUAGUCUUGCAAGAAUUUUUCAAUUUUUUUUUAAAUGAACAUUUUAUUUGUUCUUUCUUCCAUCUCUUUUCCAAAACUGACAUGAAACAGCAUCGCUUACUUAAGAGUAGUGAGUGAAUGCAGAUGAUGGGGCAGUGGGCACAGACCUGCACUGUGGGCCACUUCCCUCUACGCUCAUUUUUAUGUUUUUAGGAAUCACGGUGAAGUGGCAGAGUUUCUCUCAAUUAUUUGCUCACUUCAUAAAUUUAAAUAUAUAAUAGCUGAUAAUGGUGUGCAGGCCAAAUUGAAAUUCUAUGUUUGUAAAAAUUUUAAAAAAUGUUCAUUUAGUACUUGACUGAACCUCUAAAGGAUAUGUCAGCUGUAGCCGCCAGUUUUAUUCUGCUGCAAAUGUCUUGCUCUAACCUGGAAAUGCCAACAGAUGUGGAAUAAGAUCCAAUAUAGAUCUUAAGCAACACUUUUUGGUACCGUGAAAGCAAAGCUUUUUGCAUCUGCCAACUUAAUGUAAUAGAUUGUAAUUCACACCAAUUUUCUGUGAUAGAGCUAUCAUAUAAUCCAGUAUUUCCUAGUAGAGUGUAAGUGCAUAUCCACAAGGAUAUUCUGUGAUAUCACUCACAGCAAACCUUUCCUCCAGUGUGAAUCCUUGAUUAUUGUGAGGCUGAGGGCAUCUGGGACAGGAGGCUGAAACCUGGACUAUAUGCAUAGCGCUGGGCUUCAGGCAUUAGGAAGGCAGUAGCCAAAUAGCUUCUCUGUUUUGCUAUUGAAGAAAAUCACAGAACAAGCUUUAGAGAGAACAGACUGGACUCUCUGAAGCAAUGCUGGGCAUUUUUCAGAAAACCUGUAGAGAGACUGAUUUUUAGAUUCCUUUGAAAUUCAGUAGGAUUUAGACAGCUUGGUUCUUCAGGCGCUUUUGAAAAUCUCAGAUUUACUUCCUAGCUACCUGAUAGUUUGAGAUUGUAAUACCGGGAAACAUGACAUUUCAUACAAUGUAGAAUGGCGCGCAUAGCCAUGAAUCCAAGUGUCACUGUAGUUACAGAGCUAUGACUAGCAAUAGCCCUAUUUCUAGACAAACCUUCAUGAGAAUUUACAGAAAUAUUUGGGCCUGGCUAUAAUGUAUCAACCUAACGAAGGCCACAAGUCUAACUGCCCUUUUUCAUAGAUUUAUGACCUUUGGCUAAGGGCUUACUUCUUCACUUGAAGUCUCUGGGAGUUCAGGAUAUGCAUCAUAGUAAGGUUAGAUUUAUUAACCUCUGUGAUGGCAAUAUAAACCCAGGUGCUAAUAAGAUCCACUGUUAAAAAUAUGGUGCUAAAACAACAGAUGUGGGGAUUAACUUAGAGUGGUGCAUAUGCAUCUGUGUGUGUGCAUUGCAUACAUGCAUAUACUCUUAAAAUAAUACGUGUCUCUGGUGUUGCUGGCCAAUGCCAGACAUAAUGCUUUUUAAGUUUCACAGUGUGCUUAUGGCCUUCUGAGGUCCUGAAUGGCUACUGAUCCUUUGAGCAACUGAAGUCUAGGCAGUUCUUUUUCCAUUGGACACAGAAAUAUUGAAUCAUGUGAAGGACUGGAAGUGUUCCAUCUGAUUCAGGAGGUACUUGGGCAGGGCUUGGCAUCAGGCUGCGUUGUGUAGAGUAGAGCCUGUACUGCUGUGUCUGAGGCUCUGAUGGACAAACAGCCUAGACUGGUGGACAGUGCAGAUGCUUCUGAUGUUCCCAGAAGCAUCUUCUAGGAUUUGGACAGGACAAAGUUAGAUUCACUUCAGAGAGAGGCUUUCCUGUGCUCAGAGGUACCUGCAAUGUUUUAUCCACAGAAGUUAGCAGAAAUGGACCAUCAGGUCCAUGGGCUGAUGACAAACGAGCUGACUGGAUAUAGUGCAGAUGGAAAGAAAAGUGGCUGGGUGGAUUGGCCCUUCCAGUGCUUUUUAUGGCUAUCAUGCAGUAAAACCACUUCUGGCUUCAAUAUUCUAUUCAGGGAGCUGUUAUUUUGUUUUAAACGUAUAGAAGUGAAUUAAUUAUAUUGUGGACAUUAAUCAAAAUAAUCUUUCUGCCCAGGGAAAUGCAGUCAUCACUGUUGCUCAGUUUAAAACUUUAGGGAAAAGACUGUGACAGCAACGUGAACUGUUUUAAUAGAGCAGUACCACUGCUGUGUUUUACAUAGUAUCUUACAUCGUACUCAUCAGCCUAAUAAUCUCCUCUGUGCUAAUAGUAUGUGCAGUUUUCUCUCCCAUCCAUUUAGUAAGAUUUCUUUCUUAUGACAUAAGUGUUUUUAAGUAAAGGUUCAUUUGUGAUCCUAAGCCAGAGAGUCACUAUUCCCAAAACUGAAUAAAGUAUUAAGUGCAGAGGCAUAAUAUCAUUAUAUGAUUAUAUUAGCCUAAGACACAUUGGCUUCCACAGGUUGCUCAGGAAAAAAAAAAAAAAAAAUUGUAUUUGGCACAUUCACUGCUUGUUCUGACAUGUCAAGUUUUAAAAAGCAAACUAUGAUGACAUACUUGUUUCAAGCUUCAA